UACAUUGAUUGAUUCUCUCGCCUAACAUCCGCCUUUCCGAGCAACUCUUCUCCAAUAUGCCUCCUGCGCAGAGGACUAAGCCCGCCGACGGCGACAUCGAACCCAACCAGAUGAGUCAAUCCAAGUGGCUCAAGAACUCCGGCUAUAGCGGUCUCUGGGAGUUUGGGCUCUCCUACGGCCUGAAAAUUCACGAUCCGGAAGACCUCGCGGAGGCCAAGCAGAUCAUGCAAGGCUUGAGAGAUAUGGACCAGGAAGAGUGGGAGAAGAAACAGAAGCAGAAAAAAGAUUGUAUGGAGUUAUAA